GUGGGCCAUCGCUCCUUCCCACUAGUUGUGUCCACCUUCAAAAACUUCUCCAUUCUUUCAAAUCGCCCCAGUCCUCAUUCACUUCCUGUGGUUCGGUUUCUGUCUCUACGAAAGCCCUCGUCGACGACAACUCCUUUCUCCUCUAUCAUUUCGACGUACAGGUCCACUAAUUCCGACUAAUCAUGUUUGGAAGAAAGAAGACCACCCCGGUGGUAGACGGCGAUUCUGAACCUGAGCCUUACGUUCAGAACGUUGAUCAUCUAGCAUCAACCCCAAAAACAAGAUGGGAACGAAUGUGGCCUGCCAUGGCCUGUGGCUCAGGUCUCUUCUCUGACGGAUACAUCAACAAUGUAAAAUUCAUCACCCAACUUCUCCGAAAUCUAGUAACGAUAUGUGUAGGUCAUCGGUUCCGUUUCCACCAUUUUGAAAACUUUGUACGGCACAGCAUACACUGGCUCCGGUGCGCAAGCGAAUAUCUCUGCCAUCACAUUUGCCGGAACUGUGUUGGGAAUGGGGAUCUUUGGUUAUACAAGUGAUAAAUUUUCGCGCUCACACUCGCUUACGAUUUCCACGGUUAUACUCAUCGUUUUUGCUGCGUUAGGUGCGGGAUCAUAUGGUUGGCAUGGAAAUCUAGAUGGGAUGUUUGCUGCGCUUACGGCAUAUCGUUUUCUCGUCGGUGUCGGUAUUGGAGGAGAAUAUCCCGCUGGAUCGGUCGCAUGCUCCGAAGCGACCGGAGAAUUGAAGUCUGGAUCGAGAAAUAGAUGGUUCAUUAUAUUCACAAAUGUUAUGAUUGAUGCGGGUUUUGUUGUUGGAGCUUUCAUUCCUUAUUUGAUGGUGGUUAUCUUUACCGAAAAGCAUCUAAGGGCUGCAUGGAGAGUUUCUUUGGGACUGGGUGUUGUGCCACCGCUCUUACUUUUGUAUCUUCGUAUGAAGCUCAAGGAACCGGAGGAGUUUAAGAGGUAAGUUCUUUUCAUUGCCCGUUUAAUAUUUCUAGGUCACUGACAAAAGCAGGGAGAGUAUGAAAAAUGUCAAGAUUCCGUAUGGUUUGGUUCUCAAAUAUUACGGCCCCCGACUUUUCAUGGUCAGCUUGAUUUGGUUCAUUUACGAUGUAUGAUAUCACCUUGCAUUGAUUUCCUCUGAGAUAUUCACUCAUUUCUAUAGUUUUCCACCUACUCGUUUGGUAUUUACUCUUCGGCUAUUCUCGCCAAUAUCUUACCGAAAACGGCCCCUUUAUCUCAAUCUUUCGGAUGGAAUACAGUCAUCAAUCUUUUCUACAUUCCAGGUGCCGUCCUCGGAUCUUUCUUUUCAGAUUGGGUCGGUCCCAAGUACGCACUUGUCAUUGGAGUGACCCUUCAAGGACUCGUUGGCUUCCUCAUGGCAGGACUUUACGGUGUUUUGUCAAGACCAGGAAAUGUCGCUGGUUUCGCCGUCGUCUACGGAUUUUUCUUGUCUCUCGGAGAAUUCGGACCAGGUGAUAACAUUGGACUAAUCGCAUCCAAAACUUGCGCUACUGGAAUUCGGGGUCAAUAUUACGCAGUUGCCGCUGCGAUUGGUAAGGUCGGAGCUUUUGUUGGCACUUAUGUUUUCCCAUAUAUCGAGAAAGCUGGUGGAGGCAAUACGGUCGCUUCAGCCCAGUACCCGUUCUAUGUCUCGAGUGCACUUUGCAUCUUCAGUGGUCUUAUUACUUUGUUCUUUAUCCCUAAUAUUGGACAAGAUACUAUUACUUCCGAGGAUAUUAAGUUUAGGGCGUAUCUUGAGGCUAAUGGAUGGGAUACUAGUCAACUUGGGCUGGAAAAGGUUGACAAUAUUGAGGGAGGAAUAAGUCCUAUGGAGCAACAGGAGGAGGUGCAUAAGAACUAAUUGUUGGGGGAUUGGAAUGUUUUUAUAUUGAUUUUCGAGCAUAGUUCAGCAGUGAAAUAGUCGAGUUGAUUUUAUUUUGAAGGAAA